CUAAAGCUAUAAUUUGAUUGAUUAAAUCACUUUGCGUUGAACGUGAUGAAAUUAGCUGUGUAUGACAGCUUCGUAAUUCUGUGAAUAUCACUUGCAACCUUGCAACCAGAGAGAACGCAAAUUUUACGUUCUCUGCUCUCUUCUUGCAACAAAUUGGGAACAACUGCAGCGAAUUGAUUCAUGAAAACAGUCAUAAGCAGCAAAGUAAAGAAAUUUUCUAGACAAACACGAAGGCUAAUGUUUACGUGCUAUCGAAGUAAUUUGAAAACGUAGCUUUUUACUUUAGUUUUCAUUUAAAUUUACAUUUUCCCGAUAAAUUAUAACACAGCUAAUGGAUAUAUUGAAAAUGUAAGGUUCCACGGCGUUUUGUUGUAAAAGUGCGAAUAAAACAUCGCAAGUAAUUUUGUCGCCAUUUUGAUGUGUACAUGCAUGUUUGCCAAGGCAAUCAAAAAGCAAAACUUAGUGGAUGGAAAUCAAACCCGAAUAAAGAAUUUAAGUCGAAAGCAAAGAAAGUCAACAACUGAAUUGUGCAUUUGUAACUUAAAAUUAUAAACCGAAAGAUAAUAUUUUAAUUUACUGUGCACAGUUAUUAAUAUCUUAAGUGUAUACUGUAAACUUGCAUAUCCAUAUACGAAAUUUUUAUUCAAACACGAUGAUGAAUAAGGAAGACCCAAGUGGGGAUAAAUUGGCGCAGGAACAGUCGCACUUAAAGCAACAAAAAGUAAAACAGCGGUCAGUUUUAAGCAAUAUUGCAAUUGCUAAUCUUAAUAUUGAGGGAUUCAGUAACUUUGACAGUGAUUCCCUAGAUGGCUGCUCAGAAUUUGAUACCGAGUCCGUUACUCUGGAUUAUUACAAAGAAAGCUCACAACGCCCAUCACCAUCAAAAAUGGCACCAACUACAACUAUAGAGACCAUAACAAUCACAAGACCGCUAAAGGUCAUUGCAUUUAUUUGCGGUGUUAUUGUUGUCAUACUUAUGAUAAUGGCAUUAGCUUCCACGGAUUGGUUAAUGGCUGCUGGCUGGCGCCAGGGUCUUUUUAUACAUUGUAUUGAGGAGGACGUUGAAUCCCCGCUGCCGUUUAAUUUGCACGAUCCGCCUGGCUGUUAUGCCAGUAGAGAUGUGGCUUACAUAAAAGCUACAGCCACUUUAUGUAUAAUUACAUUGGUCACAGAUAUAAUAGCAACGAUACUCACUGGUCUUGGGUUGAGAACACAAAAUCAUAAUGUGAAAUAUAAAUUUUACAGGAUCGCCGUAUUAGUAAUGUUGUUAUCAUUAUUGGCUGUCUUGUCUGCACUUAUUAUUUAUCCGGUAUGCUUUGCUGGAGAACUCAAUUUAGCGAAUAGACCGAUUUGGGAAUUUGGUUGGGCCUAUGGUGUUGGAUGGGGUGCGGCUAUCUUUUUAUUCGGUGCCGUUGUGCUACUGCUGUGUGAUAAGGAAUCGGAAGAAAUUUAUUAUAAGGAGAGAAAAAUUGUACAUGAAAACCAAAUGCGCGCCUAGGCCAGGCCGCACGACCUGCCUGACGUCGUUCUUUAGAUGUUUAACCAUAGUAAGAGCGUAAGGAAAUAUCAAAGGGAAAAGUAAUAAUAUCACUUAUCCAAAGAAGCAAUCGAUGACCUUUAUUAUACAUUUUUGAAUUGCCUGAAACUGUCAAUAUUGCCGUUGAAAAAUAUGCAUCAGAAACAGAGACGUAAUAAAAAUAGAGAAUAUACAUUUAAUAAUACAAAGACACAACACCAGUUAAACACCAAAUCAUAUUAAAUACAUAUUCUGGCGCUCAGAAACAACACAGAUACAAAAUACACAUACAAAGUAAGCGAUAACUGGCGCAACUUCACAACAAUGUGUUCAGUUUUAAAAGGCUCAAACAUGAUGAAUAUCAAAAGCACAAAUAACAAAUGGCUUAGAUAAAAAAAAUUCGCUACGGAUUUAGUAAAUUCUAACUUUUUAGGAGUUGUACCCAUUAGUACAUAAGCUAUAUGGAAAGAAACUUGAAUAUAAAUUUUUUUUUGUUUUUUACACACAUACGUGUAUAUAUCAUAGAUGGGACAACCUGUACACCACAUUUAUAAUAUACGGUUUUCGUAUUGAAACACUAGGGUGCCGGUGCCCGUCUCCGAUAUAUAUACCUACGUAUGCAUAACUAUGAAAAUAUGUUGUGUAUUCAUUAUAAAAAAUUGUAUUCACACGUAAAUCUCCCUUUUGUUAAAAAAAAAAAUAUUAAACUACCAAUCCCUUUUUUUUUUUUUUGCUAAUUUACUUGUAGUGAAGCCUAUUCAUUAAACCAAAUCGCCCUAAAUACGAGCGCAGAGAAAAGAACCAAACCAUACCAAAAUAAUUAUAAAGAGAGAAAACAUUUGAAGUAUACCAUUACACACAAAUAAAAACAUAUAGCGGCACAUAUGUACAUAAUAUAAAUAUAUGACUGUAUACUUAAUCUCUUCCGUUUAAACAAUGCAUUACUUACCGAAGAAAAUAACGAGAUUGUUGCAAAUACGUACAUAUUCACAUAUACAGUUCAAUCUGGAAAUAGUUAACCAUAAUGUCCCAAGAGGUGAUUAAGUUCUUCCAAAUGUUAACUUUCAGAACAACCAUAUUAACAAUGACGUGUUAUCCAUAAGUUAACUUCAACUUAGAUGCGUGAGUUUACCUAUGGAAUUUAAAAAAAUAUAUAUAUGAAAUCUGUGAAGUGUUUACGCUGCUAAAAAUGUGACUAGAAAUAAAUUGGGGAAUAAGUAAAAUGAAUGGGCACUAAUUGUUCUUCUUUCGUAAAUAAAAAUGGGAAUAGGAGAGAAAAACAAACUAUGACACAAGCUUUAUCCCUUCUGAAAUGAUUCAUUUAACUGGAAACAAAACAAAAUAUUGAAAUUCUUGAAUUUGUAUAUUACUUCAAAUAUCAUUCAAGAAUAGCUGAUUUAAAUAUCCAGAUAACUAGAGAGCUUCUAAUGGAUAUUGAUAAAAUCAAUAGCUAAUUAUCGAAGUGGCUAGCAACAUUUUGAAAAAUAAUUUAAAUAAAAAAUUAAGUUAAUUUUUCUAACUGCAGUCGUCCCAUUAUAUUAGUAUCGAAUGUGAGUUAACUCCUCAUUGUUAAAAGGACCCAUAACAGUUUUCAAAAAUGCACAUAGUACUAUCGGUUUUCAUAAAUAUCAAUGAGAGUCCUUAUCAUUUUAUAGAAACUUGUGCGUAUUUAAUUGAUGAUGACAAUGAUGUUUGUUUUUUAUUUGGAUAGUUUCAAACCAUUCUUACUACCGUAUCUUCUUCAUCAGAUUGAUUUUGUCUGGUAAAGUACAACGCUUAAUAUACAGAGUUGAUAGUAGGUGUUAUUCAUUAAAUUGAUUUUUAGAAUGCUUUAUGUGUGUUAUUCAGUGGAGAGGAGAAACUAAAGAAAUAGUAAAAACAAAAAUCGGCAGUACCCAAAAUAACUCAUACUUUCAUAUCAAUAUAUAAUAAAAUAUAACAUUUUAUGAAUCUUUUUUUA